GAUGCGGUCGAGCAUCCCUCCAUUUCGGCCUUCGCCCGCAUAAUGUCGAAGCUGAUUUCCUGUUUAUCUUUCAUUGAAAGCGAGCGAUCGGCAAUGUGCGAAGAUUCACGUUGGUUUUCGUGACGCUUGAGCAACCAGGGAUGGCAGCGAGCAACAAAAAGCAGACUGUGCUCGGUCUUGUGCUCGCUAGGGCCGGUAGCGAAGGGAUCAAGAAAAAGAAUGCUCGAGUCGUGUGUGGAGCGCCUUUGUUGGCAUGGGUUUUGAGACCGAUGCGACACUGUAAAAAUUUGGACGAGGUGUGGGUGUCUACUGAUGACCAAGAUCUGGAGGACAUCGCCUACGCGGAGGAUUGUGCAGUGUUUAGGAGGUCGGAGGAGUUUGCUCAACCUGAUACGCCCUCAAUACUGUCUAUUCAAGAAUUCCUUCGAGAAAAACCCAAUGCAGACGUCAUAGCAUUGGUGCAGUGCAGUUCACCGUGUCUGCUCCCUUCGUAUUUGGACGAAGCAAUCUCAUUGGUCACUUCCGGAAAAUAUGAUUCGGUUUUUUCUGUCACGAGGGACUACAAGUGGAGGUGGACAGAGCUUUCAGAAGCAGACGGCACAACACGUCCCCUCAACUUUGACCCAGCGCAGCGUCUCUGUCGUCAAGAAUGGGGUGGCGAAAUAAUCGAGACGGGACACUUCUAUGUGACCAAGGCUGAAUACAUACAAGAAGGCCUGCUACAGGGAGGAAGAUGUGGAUUUGUGGAGCUGCCCCAACACCUAUGCCACGAAGUAGACACAGAAGAAGACAUUGCUGUUGUAGAGCAACGCUUACAAAAAUAUGGAUUUCGGGGAGACAUUGUACUCGCUGCACCCACCGAGUUUCAAUAGAUUUUUAACGCAGGUCUGGUCUGCAGAGUCUUGAGCACAAAAAUUCAAGCACAAAAAUGAGCAAAAAUAUUCAGUGGUGCAGUCAUCGCCACGGGAGACAAGAUCACUGCCUCACGCCCCUGAACCCUCAAGACACUGAAGUGAUUUCAUUGAUUUUUCAAACUUAUCCAGAAUUUUAUUCACUACAUUGACUUAUUUUUAAAAAACUCUUUAGUAUUUUGUUAAUUGAGUUUGUUGUUAGCAGCGCAGUGCUACUGGAGCCAUAUUUGUUCUACAGUAAUGAAUAGGUAGCAUCUAGCGGAUUAAUAUACUCCCGUAUCCAUCUCCGCGUGGAGUAGUGCUGGCCUUUGAUUUGUACCUCUACUAGAAAACUUAGGAUAUGGUGACAUUAUAAUGCUCAAGACUCCGCAAUCACGGCUGACGCUCAUCAGGUGCGCGCUUUCCUAGACCUGUUUAUAUUGACAAACAGGGUUUAUCAACAGUGUACUAGCUUUUACAGAGCAUUUAUUUAUUAUUUACUUCACUUUCUCAUCUUUUAUUUUUAGAAUUUUAUUGCAAAAUAAUUUUGCUUGCCAAAGUUUUCGAGGGUGAUGACACUACUGUUUUCAAUGUGACAUACAUUCACAUACAGCGAGUAAUUGGUUUUUGCGCAAUCUGGGAUUAGAUUCCAGGGAUGUUUUGUGAUUUUAUUUUUUGUUUGUAUAUUUUGUCAUGUUAUCUGCUUCAUCACUGUUUCCAUAAGUAUAGUGUCACAAUUUUUACUGAAUUUAAUACUCGUUUACUUUAGGAAUAUAAUUUCAGUUGAGUGUCUCCAUUUCCAUCCAACAUUGGCUUUGUAUAGCGAGUGAAAGGUCACUCCCGUUCAUGGAAUCUGCAGCAGCAAUCCGUACACGUGGAACUUUGCUUGGCUUUUUCCAAAUGGUUUACCUGCAUGGCUGAUUACCAGCAUCAAUUGUAGCAUCCAUGAAAUACGCAACACAUACCAUCUUUAGGUCACCAUUUACCGAGAGACGACAAAUAAAACAUUUCAUAAAAAUGA